GCGGGGCGAGAGCCCGGAGGGGCUUAGGAUUGCGGAAGUUUUGUGAGAAGGGUCGGGCGGUUCUCGAAGCGCCGUGUGGUUUUGGAACAAGUUCCAGAAAGGAAGUCGCGGCUCGGGGUCCAAGAGACACCAGCCUGCGCACGUUUCGGGCAGCACCGGGCGCGACUCGACGUUGCCGCUGUUGGCUUCCUCUGCCCUCGUUCUUUUCCAGAGAACCGCCUCGAUCUCCGCCAUGACAUCCACCUCGCCCAACCUCCAGAAAGCAAUAGAUCUUGCUGGCAAAGCAGCUCAGGAAGACAAAGCCGGGAACUAUGAGGAAGCACUUCAACUCUACCAACAUGCCGUUCAGUAUUUUCUUCAUGUAGUUAAAUAUGAAGCGCAGGGCGAUAAAGCCAAGCAGAGUAUCAGGGCAAAGUGUACAGAAUAUCUCGAUAGAGCAGAAAAACUAAAGGAGUACCUGAAAAAGAAAGAGAAAAAUCCACAGAAACCAGUGAAAGAGGGACAGCCGAGUCCAGCUGACGAGAAGGGGAAUGACAGUGAUGGGGAAGGAGAAUCUGAUGAUCCUGAAAAAAAGAAACUACAGAAUCAACUUCAAGGUGCCAUUGUUAUAGAGCGACCAAAUGUGAAAUGGAGUGAUGUUGCUGGUCUCGAAGGAGCCAAAGAGGCACUUAAAGAGGCUGUGAUACUGCCUAUUAAAUUCCCUCAUCUUUUUACAGGCAAGAGAACACCUUGGAGGGGAAUUCUGUUAUUUGGGCCACCUGGAACAGGAAAGUCCUAUUUAGCCAAAGCUGUAGCAACAGAAGCAAACAACUCAACGUUUUUUUCAAUAUCUUCCUCUGACCUUGUCUCUAAGUGGCUAGGUGAAAGUGAAAAGCUAGUUAAGAACUUAUUCCAACUUGCUAGAGAGAACAAACCUUCCAUUAUCUUCAUUGAUGAAAUUGAUUCCCUGUGCGGCUCAAGAAGUGAAAAUGAAAGCGAAGCCGCCCGUAGAAUUAAGACGGAGUUCCUAGUUCAAAUGCAAGGCGUUGGUGUAGACAAUGAUGGAAUUUUGGUUCUGGGAGCUACAAAUAUACCGUGGGUUCUGGAUUCUGCCAUUAGAAGAAGAUUUGAGAAGCGAAUUUAUAUUCCUUUGCCUGAGGCCCAUGCCCGAGCAGCAAUGUUUAAAUUGCACCUGGGGACUACUCAGAACAGUCUCACAGAAACAGACUUCCGGGAACUCGGGAAGAAAACGGAUGGUUAUUCGGGGGCGGACAUAAGUAUCAUUGUGCGCGAUGCACUUAUGCAGCCUGUUCGAAAAGUGCAAUCAGCCACUCAUUUUAAAAAGGUGCGCGGACCUUCACGAGCUGAUCCCAACAAGAUAGUAGAUGAUCUGCUAACACCCUGUUCUCCUGGUGACCCUGGUGCCAUUGAAAUGACAUGGAUGGAUGUCCCUGGGGAUAAACUUUUGGAGCCAGUUGUUUGCAUGUCGGAUAUGUUACGGUCACUGUCUAACACAAAACCCACAGUCAAUGAACAUGACUUGUUGAAGUUAAAGAAGUUUACAGAAGAUUUUGGCCAAGAAGGCUAAACCAAAGACAAAGAAGAAGACAUUUACCAUGUGUGUUCUUUCUUUCAUAGGUACUUUUGCCUUUCUUGGAUGGCAUUCAGAUUAUUUCCAGUAAAACUCUUUUCCCACAGGGAAAUACAGAUCUCACUCCAGAGUUCCUUUAAUCUUAUCCAUAUUUUUGUUCCCUUACCAGUUAAAUGCUCCUGUUAACAAAAAUUAUAAAAUAAUGGAUAAUAAGGAAAUGAGUGAUAAAUGAAUGGCAAAAAAUAGGAAUUACCCAGAAGAGGAUUAACAUUGAUUGAGAUACCAAUAUUUAGAAUUGGUGGUAUUUGCAAAGAGCAUUUCUCUUUUUUUAUAUUCUUUAUCUUUUUUUCUUUUUAACCAAAAAUGAAACAGGCCUUAUUUUAUAUU